AUGGUUCUGACGGAGUUGCUGAGGCUAAAGGAAUCCAAAUCACCAGGUCCCGAUGAGAUUCCAGCGAAGAUUUUAAAGGAACUCGCCGGUGAGUUGUCUAAACCACCCUCCAUGCUUUUCCAUACAUCCUUCGAGACCGGAUAUCUGCCACCCGACUGGAAGUCGGCGUGGAUUACGCCGCUGUACAAGGGCGGAAGUCGGGUGUCUGCGAACAAUUACAGACCGGUCAGCCUCACCUCCAUUUGCUGUAAGAUUAUGGAGAAGAUAAUAAAGCAACAACUAAUGCAGGUCCUUGAACAAAACCAUUUGCUUUCCGAUUCUCAGCAUGGAUUCCGAAAAGGCAGAUCCUGUGUGACAAACCUGCUCUACUGUCUGGAACACUGGACUAGGGCUGUUGAUAGAGGAGAUAUGGUGCAUGCCAUCUAUAUCGACUUUAAAAAGGCCUUCGAUAGUGUGCCUCACCACCGCCUUCUAUACAAACUUAGACGUGCAGGAGUGCGGGGUAAGCUUCUGAUGUGGAUUCGGAGCUUUUUAAUCGGCCGCUCUCAAGCCGUCCACGCCGGUGACCAAGAAUCUGCCGAGGUUGCCGUUAAGAGUGGUGUUCCCCAAGGCUAUGUUCUUGGCCCUACGCUGUUCCUCGUAUACGUCAAUGACUGCGCAAACGAACUGAAUUUCGAUGUCGCAAUGUUUGCCGAUGACAUAAAGAUCUGGAGUACCAUACGAAGCGAAGUUGACGAGGCGCGACUGCAGACAAGUCUGGACCACCUCGAGCAAUGGUCGAAAGACUGGCUUCUACCGUUCAACGUAAACAAGUGUACUUUCCUACGCGUCGGCAGAACCAGUUCUCCUAACCACACGGUCUACCGUCUGACUGGCAAACCACUGCAAGAAGUCGACGCCCAGAAGGACUUGGGUGUAUGGAUCACAACCUCGCUUUAG